AUGGCAAUUUUGGCGGACCUGACAUACAGAGACUCACGAACGAUGCGUAUCGCCACAGUGAUCGCUAUGUUCUACCUUCCAGCGAAUCUGGUCAUGUCGUUCUUCAGCAGCACACUCGUCUGGUUCGGUACUUCUGGCGAUGUAUCAGAAAACUCUGGCUCGAAAAUGCAAGUCCGUAGUGAGGUCUAG